UUAGUGUCCAACGGGCCCGUCUGGUCGCUGCUUUUCAUCAUGGACUCCGCGACUGAUUUCCCUCCGUUCCAGCAGCGGGUGCAGUCCUCGUUGAUGGAGGUGACCCGCACCGCCGGUCAGCUCUCAGCCCAAGAUCUCGAUUUCCACCGCUCCUCGAACGCGGAGGUCUCGGAUGCCUUGGAUGAGCAGAGCCUGCGACUCCUGUCUCUCACCUCGUCUAUCCUGAAAGCUGCGACUAUCGGUACGGAUGUGUCUGCGCCGACACUGGGCGAUGAGGAUUCUGUCGAAGACAACUGGCGCGGCGUGGUGGAUGUGAUCGAUGCGCUCUUGGAAAAGGCCGACGCGUGCUUGGAUGAAUUCACCGGCGUGAUCAAGAAAUUGAGCCCGUCCCAGCAGGAUCAGGCCGCCGCAAAGGCGGCGAAGAAGAGCGCCGCCAAGUUCCCCACCGUCUACGACUAUGGUCCGUCGAAGAUCCCCAAGCCUCAGUUGCUGUUUGAGCACCCCGCCGACAACACCGACACGUCGCCUUUCAAACCGCUGCUUCGAUCCAAGCCGCAUGCGAUUGUCUCACUGGAGGAUUCGAUUAAGCCCGCCGACACGGUGGCGGGAUAUGUCCACCCCUACCAGGCCGAGAUUCGUGCUGCGAAGUUUCCGGAGGCCUCGUAUAGUGUGUCGUCCCCUGUGGAUUAUCAGCCGUGGGAAUCGACAACCGCGACUUUCGUGGAUACUCAGGAAGGAGUGAAGGAGAUGCUGGGGGAGCUUAAGUCGGCGAAGGAGAUUGCGAUUGAUUUGGAGCAUCACGAUGUGCACUCAUACCAGGGUCUGGUUUCCUUGAUGCAGAUCAGCACCCGGGACAAGGAUUGGGUGGUGGACACGCUUCAGCCGUGGAGGGAGGAGCUUCAGGUUCUCAACGAAGUCUUUACGGAUCCGAACAUUCUCAAGGUCCUUCACGGUUCUUCCAUGGAUAUCAUCUGGCUUCAGCGUGACUUGGGAUUGUAUGUUGUUGGCAUGUUCGAUACGUAUCAUGCCGCCUGCGCCUUGAACUACCCGAAACGCAGCUUGAAGUACCUGCUGCAGAAGUUUGUCAACUUUGAAGCCGACAAGAAAUACCAGAUGGCCGACUGGCGCAUUCGGCCGAUCCCGGAGGGCAUGUUCGACUACGCCCGCUCGGAUACCCAUUACCUUCUCCACGUCUACGACCAUAUCCGCAAUGAGCUCGUCGAAAACUCCACCCCCGACAACAACCUCGUCGACUACGUUUCGGAACAGUCCAAGAAGGAAGCGUUGCAGGUGUAUGAGCGUCCCGUCUACGACGCUGCGACCGGACAGGGACCGGGCGGUUGGUAUGAUCUUCUGUCUCGCAACCCGAUCGUGGUCAACAGGGAGCAGUUUGCCGUGUUCAAGGCGGUGCACCAGUGGCGCGAUGAGGUUGCCAGAGAAGAGGAUGAAGGCGUGCAGUGUGUAUUCCCGAAGCACGUUCUUUUCCGCGUCGCUCAGGCCAUGCCGCUCGACCUGGGCACCCUGUUCCGCACACUGUCGCCUGUGACGCCAAUCACGCAGAACCGGGCCGUCGAUCUCCUGGAAGUCAUUAAGAACGCGAAGCUUGAAGGUGCCGAAGGGCCCGAAUGGCGCGACGUGUACGUCAAGCCGACAAGAGGAACUCAAGUCAGACCAGCAACAGAAUCGGCAGAGCCUUUGACGGAGUCAGACGACAUCCUCCCCAUCGCCGCCCGCUACGAAGUAUCUCAAUUCUGGGGCUCCGUCCUCGACUCGGAAGAACCGCCCGCCCACCCCGAAUACUCCGCCGUCGCCUCUGCGGAAGCGCUCCGCCUCUCCCUCCCUCUGCCACCUAUGCCGAGAACCGUUGCCGAAGCCCGCGAGAAGCUCGCUCCCGCCCCCGCCGCCGCUCCGCCCAAGCCCGUCGCAGCCCCCACCCCCGCCGUCGAAGAAGAGAAGGACGAGAACAAAUACUUCACCGUCAAAGAACGUGGUGGCCCGCGCAAGCGCAAGGCCCCCACCGCCGAGACGGUCGAGCAGUCCGCGUCAUCCGAACUCGACCCCACCACCGACGCCAGCUCCUCGCUAGACAUCGCCGACGAAAAGCCGUCCAAGAAACAGCGCCGGAAAGAAAAGAAGGACAAGUCGGCGUCUCAACCCCCACAGCCCGAGAAGGCCGCCAAGGAAGAAGAGGCGCCCUUCAACUACGAGGGUGCCGCCACCGUGUUCAAUGCCGCCAAGUCCAAGUCCGGACUCCCGUCCAAGCGCGCCUACAACCCAUAUGCCAAGGCACUCGAGGCCCCGUCCGGGGUGCGCAAGCAGAAGCGCGAGAUUCCCGGCAAGGCGAUGACUUUCCGGUGAUGCUUGCCAUAGGUUCUUGAUUCUUGAUUCUUUUUUUUUUUUUUUU